AUGUCCUCAUAUGCAUUCUUUGUGCAAACCCGCUGGGAGGAGCACAAGAAGAAGCACCCAGAUGCUUCUGUCAACUUCUCAGAGUUAUCCAAGAAGCAGAAGACCAUAUCUGCUAAAGAAAAGGGGAAAUCUGAAGAUAUGGCAAAGACUAGCAAGGCUCGUUAUGAAAGAGAAAUGAAAACCUACAUCCCCCGCAAAGGGGAGACCGAAAAGAAGUUCAAAGACUCCAAUGCACCCAAGAGGUCUCCUUCAGCCUUCUUCUUGUUCUGUUCUGACUAUCGCCCCAAAAUCAGAGGCGAGCAUCCUGGCUUAUCCAUUGGUGGUGUUGCAAAGAAAUUAGGAGAGAUGUGGAACGACACUGCAGCAGAUGACAGGCAGCCCUACGAGAAGACGGCUGCCGAGCUGGAGGAGAAGUACAAGGAGGAUAUUGCUACCUGCAGAGCUAAAGUAUAA